AUGGCUACUUCUAUUUUAUUAAAUGAUGAUAAAUGUCUUGAAGUUUUUUCUCCUAUUUGGCUUGAUUCAUAUGCUAAUGACAAUCGACAUGCAGAACAAAAAUUACGUUCAGUUAUUAAUUAUUUGAAAAAAUUUCAAGAUAUUGAAGAAUGUGAACAAUAUAUUGAAAAAACAUCAGAACAAAAUCGUUUAAUUCUUAUUGUUAGUGGUAUGUUAGGUAGAGAAAUCGUACCUUCAAUUCAUUAUCAUCGAAAAGUAAAAAGUGUUCUUACUCAUAUUGAUGAUCUUAUUUCUCAACUAAGAGAAGAUUAUAAAAUUCAAAGAAAAAUAGAACAACCAUUAGCAAUAAAUAGAUUCUUAAUUAAUGUUAAAUCACCAACUAUAUUAAAUAAUCGAUUUCUAUUUUCACAAAUACUUAUUGAUUGUCUUUUAAAAUUACAAUCAAAUGAAAAUGAUAAAAAUGAAUUAAUUCAUCUUCUUCAAAAUGAAUAUCAAGAAAUUUGA